AUGUACACUCCUCAAAAUAGCAUAAAUCCACAUUCUGAAAAUAUGACUCUAGACAAGUUUGAAACAAUGAUAAUAAAAGAAUACACAAAUAAAUUAUUAUCUUUUGAUGAAAUAAAAAGUAUUUGUACUAAAGCAAUAGAAUAUAAAUUGAUAGAAAAGUCAGAUAUAAAUAUUAAUGAAAUACCUAAAGGAACUACAGAAGAUUUAUUAAAAUUUAUAAAAAGAUGUAGAAAUUUAUAUUUAAAUGCUGAUAUAUCACUAGAUAAUAAUUCCUUUAUUAGUGCUAAAUAUCACUCUCCCAUUUCUCAAGACAUAAGAAAUAGUCCAUUUUAUAACCAUAAAAAAGAACUUUUAAAAAAUGAAAAUAAAAAAGAUGUAACAUUAUUUAAUUCUCCACUGAUAAGUAAAAAUAAUAAUAUAGAAAAUCCAUUUGAGAAUAACAAUGAUUUAAUAUCUUUUUGUGAAGAUCUUAGAACUAAAACAAAAUCUAUAAAAAAAAAUGCGAGUGAUAAAACAUCUAAACUUGUAGAAGAAGUAAUAGAUAGUUUUUUACAGUACAAAAUGAAGAAGAAGAAGAGUAGAAAAUACUUGUACAUUACAAUAUUUCUAAUAAUUACAGUAAUAGUAAUAUAUUGUAAUUAUAAUUCUAUGCCAAUAUAA